CGUCACUGCCUCGCAUCGCCAGUCCUAUUUAAACUGUGACUUCUCGCCACCUCUUCCCCACUUUGCUUUAUCAGCAUUCAUCUCUGCAACAGCAAUGGCAACAGCUGGCAAGGUCAUCAAAUGCAGGGCAGCAGUGGCCUGGGAACCCAGCAAGCCUUUGGUAAUUGAGGAGAUUGAGGUUGCGCCUCCACAGGCCAAUGAAGUCCGCAUCAAGAUUGUAGCAAAUGCGGUGUGCCACACAGACCUGUACCACCUGUUUGAAAGUAAGCAUAAAAACGGUUUCCCAGCAGUCCUCGGUCAUGAAGGAAGUGGCAUCGUGGAGAGUGUUGGACCUGGAGUCACCGAAUUUCAGCCAGGAGACAAGGUGAUUCCUUUGUUCAUCUCCCAGUGUAGAGAAUGUCGCUUCUGCAAAUCUCCAAAGACCAACCAGUGUGAAAAAGGAUGGGCUGCAGAGCGUUACGAUGUGAUGUCACCAGUGGACUCCAGAUUUACCUGUAAAGGUCAGAAGGUGUUGCAGUUCAUGGGAACCAGCACCUUCUCUGAGUACACUGUGUUAAACCAGAUAGCUGUGGCUAAGAUCGACCCUGCAGCUCCCCUGGACAAAGUCUGCCUCCUCGGCUGUGGAGUCUGUACAGGAUACGGAGCAGCAGUAAACACUGCACAGGUCGAGCCGGGCUCUACUUGUGCCGUUUUUGGCCUUGGAGCUGUGGGUUUGGCUGCAGUUAUGGGCUGCAAGGCAGCAGGAGCCAAGAGGAUUAUUGCUGUUGACGUCAAUCCUGAUAAGUUUGAGAAGGCCAAGGUGUUUGGUGCCACCGAAUUUGUGAACCCUAAAGAUCACGACAAACCCAUUCAACGCGUGCUGUGGGAGAUGACUAACGGAGGAGUGGACUACUCCUUGGAAUGUGUUGGGAAUGUGGAAGUCAUGCGCAAUGCUUUGGAGUCCUGCGUUAAAGGCUGGGGUGUCAGUGUGCUGGUGGGCUGGACGGACAUGGCAGACUUUUCUGCCCGACCCAUACAACUGAUCGCUGGACGCACAUGGAAGGGAACCCUCUUUGGAGGCUUCAAAAGUAAGGACGGCGUUCCUGAGAUGGUUAAAGCUUACCUCGCCAAGAAGGUGAAGCUGGAUGAGUUUAUCACUCACACCGUGACCUUGGAUCAGGUCAACGAGGCCAUUCAGAUGAUGAAAGAAGGCAAAUGCAUCCGGACCGUUGUGCACGUGUCUCCACAGUAAUGUGAUGCAACGUGCAAAUUACAGACCUUCCUUUCUGUUCUGACUCAUAAGUCCGUGCACGUGCCGUGAGCACAUCGAAGUGGUAAUGAGUGGAAUCCCAACAUCUGCAGUGUUCACGUAAACAAAUGAAACAUGUCUGUGUUUCCAGUGAAAUAAACACACAGAUGAACAGA